AUGGACUCCCAGGUAACUCUCAUUGGCAGCGAUUCCGAAUCCGAAUUCGCUGCACCUGGUCCAGAAUUCGGUACAUCAACAACAUUGGACUUUGACUGCGAUGUGAUGAAAUCGAUGAAUGCCACAGUGCGUGGACAGAGUCACAUACAAUACUCUGUGAGGACCGUCAAGGGUGGUCUGGUAGGAAUGAACCCCAAGACCAUUUUUAGCCAGAAGGAGAGGAUACUGGCAACAGUGCAGCGCAGGGGCGUGCUCCCGGAUUCACUCACGUUGGGCAGCAAAUCGAUGAGCCUUGGCAGCUGGCUUAAGAGGCCUUUGUUUUCGUCCUUUCCGGCGUCGUUCAGCGAGGGAGGAGAGACAUACCUCUGGAAGGAAUGUCAAGACGGCGGCAUUGCUCUAUACAAGGGUAGCACUAGUACAAGUGCGAUUGCUCGCUUCUACCCCUCCUACUUUGCUGUGACGUACGAUCGGAGAAGAAUAACGCACUGUGCUCACCUGGACUUGGAACCCGAAGCCGAUCUCAUACGUGAAAAGGUGUUUAUAUCCUGUGUGCUAGUUGUGCAAAAGACGGGGAAGAAUGCGAAGGCGAAG